CACAAACAUGGCGUCAAGGCAGACACGCAAGAUGCUGGCGCUCAGUCGCUGUGCCAUAUAUCUGUUUUUGUUACUCGUUCCCGGCGCGAUCUCCUCCACGCUUCGACUUCACCAUGACCAGAGAUUCAUGCUACCACAGGACAGGGGUUUCUCUCUGGUGCGUGCACACCUGCAGCACGCAGAAAGUUGCGUCGUGCGUGUGGAGAGGGAAGUCAGGGAGGCUUCAUCAUCCGCGCAUCAGCAUCGCGUUCGGCGGAAUGCUGCUGGAUCACCCGUGCCAAAGGUUUAUGGAAGGGCCAACCUGAAUGACUCUCAUAAUCAAAUGGUCGUCCAUUGGGCCGGGGAGAAGAGCAACGUCAUUGUAGCGUUAGCGAGAGACAGCGUCGGUGCCACAGAUCCCAAGACCAGCUCUGUGUACGUGUCUUAUGACUAUGGGACCACCUUCACCCACAUGUCAGAGAAAUUUAAACUGUCUGAAGACCAGGAGGGAAAGAAACAGGUCAUCUCACAGUUUUACCACAGCCCCGCCGACAACAAACGAUAUCUAUUUACUGAUACCACAAACAGUUACCUGUGGAACACCUUUGACUUCUGCAAUACUGUUCAGGGUUUCUCCAUCCCAUUCACACCCACAGACUUACUGCUGCACAGUAAGAAGCCUAACCUGGUCCUUGGUUAUGACAGCUCUCACCCCAAUAAACAGCUGUGGAAAUCAGAUGACUUUGGUGAGACGUGGGUGUUAAUUCAGGAGCAUGUGAAGUCCUACUUCUGGGGUGUAGAGCCAUAUGACAAUCCCACCACAGUGUUUGUCCAGCGCCACGAGCCCCAGGGAGACUCCAGCAUCCUCAGCAGCACAGACUUCUUCCAGGACGAGCAAAACCGCCAAGUUAUCCUGGAGAAGGUGGACAGCUUCCAGCUACGGGACAAGUACAUGUUUGCCACUACCAACAGGACAUUGUUUGGGAGCCGUGAGUCUCAGUCUGUCCAGCUGUGGGUUUCCUACAACCGGCAGCCAAUGAGAGCAGCUCAGUUUAACACCCGCCACCCCAUCACGGAGUACUACAUAGCAGAUGCUUCGGAGGACCAGGUGUUCGUAUGCGUGAACCACAAUAAUAGCGUUACACACCUAUACAUCUCCGACACACAGGGCCUGGCCUUCUCUCUGUCCCUAGAGAACGUGUUGUACUUCAGCCCUGAUGGCUCCGGAAGCAACACCCUUAUCAGGUACUUCGCCAAUGAGCCGUUUGCAGAUCUCCACCGGGUCGAGGGGCUGAGGGGUGUGUUUGUGGCCACUCUGAUCAAUGGAUCAGUCAAUGAGGACAACAUGCGGUCAGUCAUCACGUUUGAUAAAGGAGGAACCUGGGAGCUUCUGCAGCCACCUGCGGCUGACAGCCUGGGAGGAACCAUAGACUGCCAGCUGGACAGUGGCUGUUCCCUGCACUUGGCCCAGCGGUGGAGUCAGCUGCUGAAUAUUCAGCUGCGCAGGAUCCCUAUUCUGUCUAAAGAGUCUGCACCUGGCCUCAUCAUGGCAACAGGAUCUGUGGGAAAGAAUCUGGCCAAUAAGCCCAAUGUGUAUAUAUCCAGCAGUGCAGGGGUCAGAUGGAGAGAGGCCCUGGCUGGUCCUCAUUUCUACACCUGGGGAGACCAUGGAGGGAUCCUGAUGGCUAUCGCGCAGGGUGGCUCCACCACAACACUCAAGUUCAGUACUAAUGAAGGGGAAACCUGGCAAGAGUUCCAGUUCUCAGAGCAGGAGGUAUAUGUGUACCAGCUGCUGACUGAACCGGGUGAAAAGAGCACCAUCUUCACCAUCUUCGGCUCUUAUGCAGACCAGAAACACAGCUGGCUCAUUGUGCAGGUCAACGCUAGUGAUGUGCUUGGUGUGCCGUGCACGGAGGGGGACUAUAAACGCUGGUCUCCUUCUGACGAGAGGGGAAAUGGCUGUCUGCUCGGCAGAGAGAUGGUGUACAAGCGCCGCUCUCCUCAUGCCACCUGCUUCAACGGCGAGGACUUUGACAGGCCUGUCUCUCUAACCAAUUGCUCCUGCACUCGACAGGACUAUGAGUGUGACUAUGGGUUUAAGCUGAGUGAGGAUCUGUCUCUCGAGGUCUGCAUGCCUGAUCCUGAGUUUUCUGGAAACCUUUAUGCCCCACCAGUACCCUGUCCAGUGGGCACCACUUACCGCCGCAGCAAAGGGUACAGGAAGGUUUCUGGAGACAGCUGCAGUGGGGGAGACGUUGAAGCUCGGCUGGAUGGAGAAAUGCUGCCCUGUCCUGUGGGAGAGAGUAAUGAGUUUAUCUUGUAUUCGGUGAGGAGCUCCAUCCUCCGCUAUGACCUGGCCUCAGGAACAGACCAGCCGCUUCCACUCUCAGGUCUAAACGACGCUGUGGCUCUGGAUUUUGAUUAUGAGAAGAACUGUCUAUACUGGGCUGAUGUUUCACUGGACACCAUACAGAGACUGUGUUUGAAUGGAAGCUCUGGACAGGAAGUGAUUGUCAAAAAGGACCUACAAAAUGUGGAGGCGCUCUCAUUCGACCCCAUCAGCCGGUUGCUGUAUUGGGUGGAUGCUGGUGCUCAGAAAAUCGAGGUGUCCAACUCUGAUGGAGACUUGAGACGCACUCUAAUCAAUUCUUCAGUGUUGGAACAGCCUCGAGCCCUGACGACCAUGCCACAAGAGAGCUUGAUGUUUUGGACAGACUGGGGCAAUCACACAGCAGGCAUCUACCGUAGCUGGAUGGACGGUUCCAACAUUGCCUGCAUUGUGUCUGAGGCAGUUCACUGGCCCAACGGCAUUACAACCGAUGAGUCAUGGCUGUACUGGACGGAGGCGUAUGGAGACCGCAUUGAAAGAGCAGACUUUAAUGGAGGCCGCCGUACUGUGAUAAUGGAGGGCCUGCCUCAUCCUUAUGCUAUUGCUGUUUUCAAGAAUGACCUGUACUGGGAUGACUGGUCUAGAUUGGGAAUCUUCAAAGCACCUAAAUCAGGCUCACCAGACGUUGAGAUGCUCGUGGGUAGACUGACAGGAGUGAUGGAUCUCAAGAUUUUCUACAAGGGCAAAAACAGAGGUCAGAAUGCUUGUGUGGAUCAGCCGUGCAGUCUUCUGUGUCUUCCCCAGCCUGAAAACAAGCAUCACUGUGUUUGCCCCGAUGGAGUUUCCUCCACCAUCCUACCCUCAGGAGAGCAUCAGUGCCAGUGUCCCAGUGGAUACCAGCUCCACAAUAAUACAUGCAUUAAAACAGAACACACCUGCCUGCCAAACCAGCACCGCUGUGCUAAUGGGAAAUGCAUCAGCAGCAUCUGGAAGUGUGACAGUGACAACGACUGCGGCGACAUGAGUGAUGAACAGGAUUGCCCCACCACUUCCUGUGACUCUGUGACCCAGUUCCGUUGCGUGGCCUCGGGUUCCUGCAUUCCACAGGCCUUCAAGUGUGACCAUGAGGAUGACUGUGGCGAUAACAGCGAUGAGGAGCAUUGUGUGUCUCACAAGUGUGGCCCAGGAGAGUUCACCUGUGCAAGAGGUGUGUGUAUCCGGGACGCAUGGCGCUGUGAUGGGGACAACGACUGCAGGGACUGGUCAGACGAGACCAACUGUACUGUGGGUCACCACAAGUGUGAGAACAGUAGUUUCCAGUGUCAGACGGGUCACUGCAUUCCUCAGCGAUGGGUGUGUGACGGAGAUGACGACUGCCAGGAUGCCUCAGACGAGGACCCUUCCCAGUGUGGUGGAGAAAAGUGCAGCGGCCUCUUGUGUUCUAAUGGUACCUGUCUGCCCGCUAGUGCUCACUGCAAUGGUGUGGAGGACUGUCCAGGAGGCGCUGAUGAGAAAAACUGCGGUCCACUCUGUGCACACUAUAUGGAGUUUGUGUGCAGAAACCGAGCACAGUGUCUGUUCCAGUCUCUGGUGUGUGAUGGUACCCGGCACUGCACCGAUGGAUCUGAUGAGGACCCGACAUAUGCUGGCUGCUCAACGAACCCUGAGUUUGAGAAAACAUGUGAUGGCUACAGCUUCCAGUGUUCCAAUGGAAUGUGUGUGUCCCUGGAGUGGAAGUGUGACGGCAUGGACGACUGUGGGGACUACUCUGAUGAGGCCAACUGUGCAUCCCCAACCGAUGAGCCAGGCUGCUCGCAUUACUUUCAGUAUGAGUGUAAGAACGGUCGUUGUGUGCCUGCCUGGUGGAAGUGUGAUGGAGAAAAUGACUGCGGUGACUGGUCUGAUGAAUCCCAAUGCUCAGGUGGCCGAGCUCCUCACACACCUGAGCCAGGUCAAGUUACCUGUGCUCCUAAUCGUUUCCGCUGUGGUUCUGGCGUGUGUAUUGUGGACACCUGGGUGUGCGAUGGCUACGCUGAUUGUCCUGAUGGCAGCGAUGAAGUGGGCUGUCCCACAGGUGCUUCCUCUUCUCUUUUCCUAGCCAAUACUAGGGUGACUCCAGUGGCAACUCUUCCUCCAUCGGGCCGCUGUACGAAAGAUCAGUUCCUGUGCCUGAAACCUCCAGUCUGUAUUGCUGAUUGGAAGCGCUGUGAUGGACAUCCUCACUGCCAGGACGGGUCUGAUGAGGACAACUGUCCCACUCACGGUCCGUUGCUCUGUGUGGAUGGGACUCUCUGUGCGGACGGCGAGGCCUGUGUGCUGAACAGCGAGAGGUGUGAUGGCUUCAUAGACUGUUCUGACCGGAGUGACGAGGACAACUGCACUGUGGAUUUGAGGGUCUACAAGAUUCAGAAUCUACAGUGGAGUGCCAACUUUUCUGGAGCUGUGACGCUUACAUGGUCAAGGCCCAAAAAUAUGUCUGCAUCCACCUGCUCUUUUGUCAUCAACUAUAGGCUGGUGGGUGACCAGCAGUGGACGUCCAUAGACACACACAGGAAUAAAUGCACUGCUGUUCUGACCGUGUUGAAGCCGGACACCACCUACCAGGUGAAGGUUUUGACUCAGUGUCUCAGCAAACAAUACAGGACUAAUGAAGUUCUCACACUACGCACACCAGAAGGAUUGCCGGACCCUCCGCAAAAUCUGCAGCUGAGCUCUGACAACGCUGAGGACGGGACAGUACUGUGUUCCUGGAGCCCUCCUGAUAAAGCACAUGGACUCAUCAGGGAGUAUAUUGUGGAGUACAGUGAAAAGGACAGUGCGGAGUGGUUUUCCCAACGUAGCACCAGCACUAAUGCAGAAGUGAAGAAUCUGCAGCCCAGCUCGCUCUACAGAUUCAGGGUGGCUGCUGUCACAAGCAGAGGCGUGGGAAACUGGACCGAUAUUAAAUCCAUAAUUCCUCAAAAAGCUCUCUCUCCUCCUGCUGUUGAGAUCACCAGCAUCACAGAAGACUCCAUGAUUUUGUCCAUCACCGGUGAUUAUAAAGUCCAGGUGAAGCACUAUGUUGUUAUCAUUUCGUGGGUAUUUGAUGAACAUGUGAAGGAGAGCUGGAAUUACACUGUUUCUGGGACAUUGAAAGCCUCUAACCUGACAGCAGGGACGGUGUACGAGGUGGCGGUUUGGGCUCGCACGGAUGAUGGAGACAGUCCUACUACUCUGUUACGCAAGCAGACCAAAGGCACCAGACCUGCCCAGCCAUCACUGAAGGCCCGGGCGCUCAACCAGACUGCUGUAGAGUGCAGCUGGACCGGCCCUCAAGCUGAAAUGUAUGGAGUGUUCUACGCCACAUCCUUCCUGGAUCUGUACCGCAGACCUCACAGGGUGAACACCACCUCCACCAGUCUGACUGUGGUCGUAGACAGCGACAAGCAGUACCUCUUCCUGGUGAGGGUGAGCAUUCCUUACCUCGGGCCUCCAUCUGACUAUGCUGUAGUGAAGAUGAUCCCCGACGACCGACUUCCACCUCGAAAUCUACACAAGGUGCGAGUGGAUAAGACACAGGCCACUCUGAAGUGGCAGCCGCCAUAUGAUUCUCCCAGCAGUCCUUUGACAUAUGCAGUGCACGUGAGAGAUACAGUUCGUAAAACGGAGCAGGACUAUAAGGUGACGACUCAAAACAACACAGUGGAGUACACGCUGAAGGGCCUGGAGCCUGGAGGACGCUACAGCAUCACCAUCAGGCUGCUCAACAUGAGCAAAGAGGCCAGCUACACACUCAACACCGUUCCUCUGCCUGCGCCUGAGGCCCUCAAGAUCUUAGAAGAACAGGAUCAUGUGUUUCUCUUUUGGAAGAGUGUGGCUGUGAAGGACCGGAACUUCAAUGAGAGCAGGGGCUACGAGGUGUACAUGCAUGACAGUGUCACUAACUCCACAAAGUGUCUGGGUAACACAACAGAGACGUUCUUCAGGAUCAGCAACCUGAUGGUGGGUCAUAACUACACGUUCUCAGUGCGGGUGCGCUGCCUGCUCAACAACCAGCUGUGUGGAGAGGCGGCAGUGCUGUUAUAUGAUGAGCUGGGCAAAGCAGCAGGGCCAAGUGAUGCCUCAUCUCAGUCAGGUAAAUCAGAAGACAUGGCGGCGGUGGUGGUUCCAGUGUUGUUCCUGCUGUUGGUGGGUGUGUGUGGAGGCCUGGUGGUGCUUUACUUCAGACACCGUCGGCUACAGCACAGCUUCACUGCUUUCGCUAACAGCCACUACAACUCUCGUCUGGGCUCUGCCAUUUUCUCCUCAGGAGAUGAGCUGGGUGACGAUGAUGAAGACUCUCCAAUGAUUAGUGGCUUUUCAGAUGACGUUCCAAUGGUGAUUGCAUAACUGGACAACUCUUUCUUUCCUCCUCCUUCACUUCCCACUCCACUUCCGGCACACCUU